UCGUAUGUUUGUUGCUUGUGCUGUUUGCUAUUUUCUUAGGAAAUUGGUGUGUUUGCUCUUCAGAUAUCCAUCUUACAGCUUCCAUUUGCUACGUCCCUAUAAUAUAGCGUCUAUAUUCUAGCCUAAUAAGUAGUAAUCAAGAGUGAAAUGGAUACGACAACAAUAGAGAGCGGCAAGCAAGCAACGCUUGAAGAUUUGAUCGAGUGGCGUCAUAUAACAGAUCAUUGGGUCAAGCGUUCAUGUUCUACGGAAACAAACGAUGCAAUUUGCCCGUCUUGGUUUUAUCUAGAGUUCUGUAAACUAUGCCGACAAACGAUUCUAAUUAAAGAAUCGUCACUGGCUGAGUUCUUGCAGUCGCAUUUUCCGGAUUUCGAGCUCGUACUGUCCGCUGACGGCAAUGUGCUGCUCAUGGAUAGCGUCUACGUUUGCUCACUGCUGCUUUACUUCUCGUGUGUGCGCUAUCCUGUCGCUUACCUGCGGAAUGUGUGCAAACAGUUCGACGAAUCGCAGCAACAGAGGAUUAAAACAUUCUUUAAACACUUUCUCACGGGAAGGAAAAUCAACCGUGGCUUCCUCGAUAGCGCCGUUUUCAAUGCUGUGCGAUCCACACCGAUCGCAAAGCAAACCCCGAAAUGGGACGAUGGCCUUGCUACCCCCGACAGCCCGCAUGAAUUGCAUUACAAAAAUAAAAACUUAGAUCAGCAGCUAAAAACGGCCUUGGCAGAGAAUGCAAGCCUCGAGAAGCAAAAUGAACAACUGCAGAGGGAGCUACACGAUCUGAACGAGAAGAACAAACGUCUCGUUCUCCGACUAGAAGUACUGGAGGAAGCUGGUAGCGACCGAAAUGGGAAAGAGACGCUGCUAGAGGUUACAGAUUUCAACACAGUAUAUCUUCGCAAACAGUUGAUCGAGAAAGACGAGCAGCUCGAGCGCUUGGAGGCCGAAAUGUGUGUUUUGAAAACAAAAGAAGAAAAUUUCAAAAAUGACCAUGGCCGACUAGGAUUCGAAAAUAGGGCUUUGCAAGAAGAGAUUACAAGUCUUCAAAGUAGAUUGCAAGUCGCAACGGUAGAAUUCGAAAAAGUCGAAGGUAACAACCAACUUCUACGAGACCAGUUGCUAGAGUUUGAACGAUAUAUUGACGGUAAUAGGGUGGUUUUCCCUCCUGAAAUUCUCGAUAGCUCAAAUGAUUUUCUUAACAUGUCGUCAAACAUUUCCUUAAACCAAAGCUGCAGUCCCGACGGCGAGAGUCUUGCAUCUUCGGUAGUCGAAGUGAUGUUACAAGAAGCAAAAACUCAAAAUCAACAGCUUCAGAGCAAAUUGAAUCAGUUGGAGAAAGAGUUGAAAUUUGCGAAAGAACAAAAUAUGUUGAAUACAGAAACUAAUAAUCAGCUUGGCCAGCAAACAUUACUGGUACAGACCGAAAUGAUUGAUUUGGAAACAAGGCAUCAUAUGGCUUUAAAUGCUGAGAAAACGGAAACCGCCAAAUUGCCAGUUGCUUUGGAAGAAAAAAGCGAACAAUCCAUUAAACAGCUUCAAGAGGUUGACAGCUUCCAAAACGAAAGGGAUGAACUGAUUACAAAAAUUGAAGAAUUGUCCUCAGCGUUGGAAAAGGAAAAGCUAUGCUCUGCAGAAUGGAAAUUGAAAUGGGAAGAAAAAGAUUCUGAUUAUCGUCAAACGGUUGACAACCUGCGUAAAGAAAAGCAAGGAUUGAUUGACGAAAUUAAAGAGAUGAGCGCAGCAUUGGAAAAGGAAAAGCUAUGCUCUGCAGAAUGGAAAUUGAAAUGGGAAGAAAAAGAUUCUGAUUAUCGUCAAACGGUUGACAACCUGCGUAAAGAAAAGCAAGGAUUGAUUGACGAAAUUAAAGAGAUGAGCGCAGCAUUGGAAAAGGAAAAGCUAUGCUCUGCAGAAUGGAAAUUGAAAUGGGAAGAAAAAGAUUCUGAUUAUCGUCAAACGGUUGACAACCUGCGUAAAGAAAAGCAAGAAUUGAUUGACGAAAUUAAAGAGAUGAGCGCAGCAUUGGAAAAGGAAAAGCUAUGCUCUGCAGAAUGGAAAUUGAAAUGGGAAGAAAAAGAUUCUGAUCAUCGUCAAACGGUUAACAACCUGCGUAAAGAAAAGCAAGGAUUGAUUGACGAAAUUAAAGAGAUGAGCUCAGUAUUGGAAAAGGAAAAGCUAUGCUCUGCAGAAUGGAAAUUGAAAUGGGAAGAAAAAGAUUCUGAUUAUCGUCAAACGGUUAACAAUCUGCGUAAAGAAAAGCAAGGAUUGAUUGACGAAAUUAAAGAGAUGAGCUCAGUAUUGGAAAAGGAAAAGCUAUGCUCUGCAGAAUGGAAAUUGAAAUGGGAAGAAAAAGAUUCUGAUUAUCGUCAAACGGUUGACAACCUGCGUAAAGAAAAGCAAGGAUUGAUUGACGAAAUUAAAGAGAUGAGCUCAGUAUUGGAAAAGGAAAAGCUAUGCUCUGCAGAAUGGAAAUUGAAAUGGGAAGAAAAAGAUUAUGAUCAUCGUCCAACGGUUGAAUAUCUCCAAAUGGAAAAGGAAGCACUGAUCAAAGAAAUUGAAGAGUUGGGCUCAACAAUCGAAAAGAAAUGGAAAUCCAAAGACAAUGAACAAUGCAUGCAAGCUUCAAGUUAUGUUCAACAGAUUCGCGUUCUUCAAGAAGAGCAAGACGAACAGGCAAAGAAAUUACAAAAGCACCAGGCAACGUACACUACCAUAAAGGAAGAAAUGGAAAUGGCAUUGGAAACUAAGAAAUUGCAAGGUGUAUUGGAACAGCAAACGAUAAACGAGGUUGAAUAUGAUCGCAAGCUAUCGGAUUUUCAAAAGAAGGUUCAAGAAUUAUAUGUUUCGUUGGAAAGUAACAAAACCCACAAUACACAACUGCAAGUCAAUUUAGACGAGCGAGAGGAAAAAUUACAAGAAUAUGAACAACAAAUAAAUUAUCUGCAAAACAAGCUUGCGGACGUUGAAUCUCAAUGUAUCAACCUGAUUAAGCAAAAUUCGGUCCAACAAAAUGAAUUAUUCGAGAAGGCACGAAAAAAUGAAGAGCUUUGCAAUAAUCUGACUGCUACGCAUAAAAAAAUGCAGCAAAUACAAGAAAUGUUAGCAAGGUCAAACAGAUCGGUCCAACAGGACGGAGAGAGCUUACAGCAGCGGCAACGCCAUUUUUCUGAUCCCGUUACACAAGCAAGUGCCGAACAGAUAAAAGAACUGCAAGCUAAAUACGAGAAGUAUUAUCACGAUUGCGAAAUUCUCUCGGCUAAGCUUUACAAGGAACGACUAGCGAAUGAAAAGUGGAAAGAAGAAAUGAUUGCCAUUCGUGAAAGCUACGACCAGGAAAAACGUGCCACAUGUAUCAGUUACGAGGAAAGCAUGGAAAAAAUGAAGGAGCGAAUGAAAAGGUUACAUAAAGACUCGAAGGAUGCGUUGGAGCACAGUUACAAGGAAAAGCUGGUUCAGCUUGAGGUGCGUUGCGCGCAACUGCAAGAACAGUUGGCUGAGAAGAACGAGCGAGACUUAGCGAUUCGUAAGGAAAAUCAGAUACUACUGGCAAAAGUCAAAACGCUGGAAGAGAACAAAUUAGAAAGAUAUGGGAGAUUCCUUCUGCCAGCUCCAGCCCAGGCAUGCCUUAGAGAUAAUCUUAGAAUGGAAGACGAAGAGGGUGAGUUGUUUAACGCGACGUACCUGGCCGAUCUACAGGUUGGCCGGUGUUGGUCCCCAGGUGCGGACACUGUACGCUACUCAGAGCUAUUGCAGCGAAACUCGAUGGUACCACCUCACCUACGCACUAACUAUGGCACAAUGUACCCGGAUUGCGACGUGGUCGCGAGUGAUACGCCGGACAGUAUCUCGGAAGGAUUUGAUGACAGCUCAACUGGGCUUAUCACGCGUCGCAAAGUUAGUGGUACUACUUCUUAUAAACGACCCGGUCCGCCAACGCCAAGCAAAAAGGCCGGCCGAGUUUCGUUCGGAGGCAUCUUGCCGAUCUCCAACAACCAGGUUCAGUACAAGGAAGCACUGAAGAACAGGAACGCAAAUUCAGCACGAAGUUCUUCGGCAACCACCACCAGCCACAACCACAGUGAUCCGUUGAUCAACGACGCUAAAACAGCGGGUCGGACCAAAACUCCUGGCAAGUUUAAACAGAUGCUCAGUUCUUCGAAUUUGCUGGGCAAUUUUAACCAGCGUAACGAGGUAACUAAGAAGAAUUUCUUUCCUUACUACAUCUAAAUGUUGGUGUGCAUUGAACGCACAUAGCAGGGUUUAGUUCAGCAUGGAGAAUCGUAUGGUAGACAAUUAUUGUAAUCACAUUGUAAUUACCCAAUUGACAGAAAGGUAUGCAACCGGGUCGCUUAACGCUUAAGCGACCCGCCGGCAGAACAAUCUCUUAUUGUUUAAGCGACCCGGUUGCAUACAUUUUGCAAUGGGGUAGCUAUAUCCCGUAUACAAAAUUUAUGCAACCGAGUCUCUUAAUGUUGAAGAAACCCGAAAUUGUUCUGCCGAUGGAUCUCUUAAGCGUUAAGAGACGCGGUUGCAUAUACCUUCUGCAAUGGGGAUUUGCGUGGUGUAGCGGUAUAUGAUUGGAUGGUCCUGUCCACCUAACACAUUUUUCUAAUGUUGCCCACAUUUAGAAGGCCCACCAUGUCCUAAAUUCUCUCGUAAAUUUAGUUAUUUUCAGUAGCUAAGUAUAUACACAUAAUGUUGGUAUACUACUAUUUUUGCUCAUAUUUGUAUCGAGUUCCGUCCACAAAUUUGGCAUGAAAUAAAAUAUAUUGUAAGAGUAUUAUCUACAGAAAAUAAUAAAAAGAAACAGUAUAAUCUGAUCGAAGAUUUCCAUGUUUGUGUACGAGUGUGUGUAAAAUAAUUCCCCACCAAAACGACGUGUUAGCUGGUUCAGCAAAGGUGC